CGCCGUGGAUGAGAUGGAGCGGAAGGAAUUAAGUCACAGCAAUGUGUGCGUAAGCAAUUAGGCUCUUUCGGCAAAGAUUUGAAUAAUUUUUUUGCAAAAUUUGGGUUUUAAAUGCCUCAAAAAGCAUCUAAAUUAUAUGGUUUUCUACCUGGAAAUAACAAACGAUAUACUUUAGAAAGUAUAGGUUAGGAAAGAUACACGUCUACAGUAACCAAGUCCAAUAAUAUAUUUUUGAAGAAAGAUGUUUGAUAAGUUGAAGUGGUAAUAGGUGUUUAAUUAGUGUUAAAAAUAUGUUGCCUCUUUCACAUAAAGAUACCUACCCCAGAGGGUUUGGCUCCAGAAUCAAAGAAAAAAUAAACAGUUGGAUCAGGCUUAUAUUUUCUGAUCGAAAUUCCAGGAAUUUGUUUCUUUUUUUGUUGUUGAACUUUUCAUUCGCUUUUGUAGAGUUAAUUUAUGGAGUAUGGAGCAAUAGUUUAGGUUUAAUUUCGGACUCAUUCCAUAUGUUCUUUGACUGUACUGGACUUUUGGCGGGUCUAGUUGCUUCUGUGAUUACAAAAUGGAAAGCUAAUGAUAAAUAUUCAUAUGGCUAUGUUAGAGCAGAAAUAUUGGCAGGAUUUGUCAAUGGUCUUUUUCUUCUUUUUAUAUCUUUCUUUCUAAUGUCGGAAGCUGUAGAAAGAGCUAUAGAACCUCCAGAGGUUAAGCAUGAGAGGUUAUUUAUAAUAUCUGUCCUUGGACUUCUUGUCAAUUUAGUUGGUAUAUAUGCAUUCCAACAUGGUCAUGGCCAUUCCCAUGGUGGUCAUGGCCAUUCCCAUGGAGGUGGUCAUGGACACUCUCACAUUAGUAGUCCCCAUGGUCAUUCACACAACAAUCAUGCUCACCAGGAUUUUAAUGUUGAUAUUGACUCGGGAGGUGGUAAUUCGCAAAUUAUGAAGGGAGUCUUUUUGCAUAUACUCGCAGAUACAUUGGGUAGUGUAGGUGUUAUAAUUUCAACAGUGUUGAUGCAGAUGUUUGGAUGGAUGAUUGCAGAUCCAAUUUGUUCUAUGUUUAUCGCCAUACUGAUUGCCUUAAGUGUCUUGGCUUUGUUAAAGGAUUCAGUGGCGAUUUUAAUGCAAAGGCAGCCACUUACAUUGGACAAUGUUCUGCCUCAGUGCUACCAAAAAGUUGUUAGCUUAGCAGGGGUUUAUUCAGUUCAAGAACCUCACUUUUGGACGCUGUGUAGUGACGUGUAUGUAGGUGCUAUUAAGUUAGAAGUUUCAAAAAAUGUUGAUCCUAAAUAUGUUGUCCAACAUACCCAAAUGAUUUUCGCGUCAGUUGGAGUUAAACAGUUGUACGUUCAGCUAGAUUACACCCCGAUGUGAUAAGUGAGAGUGAAGUGGCAUGGUACUUUACCAAACUUAAUUAGGAUACAAGCCUUCCAUUAAGUUCAUUUAAUAAAAAUUUAUAUAUAUAUUUUUUUAAUUAUACAGACAUUUGAUCUUACCUCAGUUCACUGAUUUAUUGUAAUGUAAAAGUUGGUUUGCAAAAAAAUAUGUUUUUUAGCUAAUUUGCUUAGCCUAAAGAUUUUGUUACAGAUUUAUUUAUGAGUAAAACUGGAUUCUUAUGUAUAGUCUUUUGGUGUUCUCAAUCUGAAAAAAAAGUAUUUGAUACAAAAAUAAUAUUUAUAUGGGCAACAUGAACCACUGAAGCCAAGAAUAAACUGUAUCAAAAUCUGUUUAUACCAUUUUUCAAGGCUUAGGAAAAGUAUUAGAUAAGAUUACCAUUUGGGACCCUUAGAAGCAGCGGUUUGCUUACUUUUUUUUCGAGUGAUUAGUUGAAUGAUUUUUUUUUUUUGAGGAAAGCAUAGAUGUAUGCUUCAUUCUCGUCGAUCUACGAAGAGGUAUUUAUGAACUUCAAACUCUGUCAUUUUUAUGUAAGUGUCUAUAUUUAAAUAUGUAAAGCUUAAUUGCUAAUUAUAAAAAUAUUGCCAUCAUGAAGUUGUCAACCUUGACAAACUAAGACUAGUUAAAAAACAGACAUUAAAUUCUUUAUUUGAUUUAACUAUUGAGAUAAAGAUGGGAAUAAAAAAACAAGAUUGCUUUCGAAAAAUCGUCGUUGGGCGGGGCAAGUUCGUCGCAAGUAGCGCGAAACAGCUUUUUAUUUCCAAAAGAAGCCGCUUCGCAGUUUCUUGUCUUACAGGAACGCAUUGUUUUUCUAUUCUGCUGCUGCGGACCACUAUGAAACUUUCGCAAAAUGAAUGUAAUUUUAUAGUGCAUGCAGUCUGGAUAAAGUGUUCUUUCACAUCUAAGCGAACUUCAAAGUUACGGCAAACUUUGGUAAAUUCAAAAUUUUUUACAAAUAAUAGCGAUUCACAGUUAUAUUUUUUCAAAUAUCUGGCGCACCCUGUAUGAUGGACGAAACUUGAAACUCUGUAUCGACACUGUUUGAACCAAAUUAUCCCAUGUUUUAUAGUUUUUCAUUUACGGCUAAUAAUUUACCCACGGAAACGGCAAUUUUCAGGAUCUCUUUGUUUUUAUUACAAAUAAUCGACACACCCUGUACAUAAUCCAAAAAAUGCCGCAAGUAAAAGUUAUAGCUCCAGAUCUCCCACGUUUCGCGGUAUAUGAUUUUUUGAAUAGGAUAAAGUUUUCGAGAAAAUACGUCUUUUCUGAAACCAUGCCGUAAUAAUAAAUGACAUCAUCGCGUCUAGAUUGAGUACGAGAUAUGGCGAUUUUAAAAUGGAUUUUUUCAAAUAUCUCGAGCAGCGUACGUGACAGACAAAAAUCGUAAAUACAAAAAUUGUAGCCCUUGAUACGGCUUAUAAUACUGUUUGUGGAUUAGCUAUUUUUUGUACUCUCUAAAAGAACAAUUUUCAGGGUCUUUUAAAUUUUUGUCCAAUAACUAAAUCGAAAAAAUGCGAGAAACAAAGUUAUAGUGCCGGUUCUCCCACGUAUGAAGGUUGUAAAAUUUUUCCGAUCGGAUGAAUGGUUUUGGAGGAAAAUAUGUUUUUCUGGGGCACUUAUUACUUUUUUAAUAUUGCACGGAAUUUCGCCAACACCUUUUGUGAUAAUUAAAAACCUUAAAUACAAAAGUUUUAGCUGUCUAUACGGGCUAUAUCAUCAUGUAAAAGAAACUGACAUCUAAAACACAGACUUUAAAUUAUUGCCAAUUUUCAAUAAUAGGGGCGUCCAUUUUUCAGUUUUUUUUAAUUUGCGGCGCACCCUGUAUAUUUUUUAAAAAUUGUCAAGAAUAAAAGUUUAUGGAGCCGUAUCUGCGUCUUCUGGUUCAAAAAAUUUUUCAGACAUUUUUUUUGACGCUGAUUUGUAUACGAGCGUAGAUACUUUCCAAAAAUUCGAUUUUUCGAAAGUAACAAGAGGCUGUGAAAAGAUGGAGCUAUGGAUUGACUUGGACACAACAGUGUUGACUAAAAUUCCCACAGAAUGUGACAGUGUAUAAAAUUAAUUUUAUAUAAAAUAUUUUUCAUAAACAGUUCUGAGGAUUCAAGUUACUGUUAAAAAUCUCAGUGAUGCCUUAAUUUUAUAUGAACUGUAAAACAGUUCAUAUAAAAAAAUCAAAUAGCAAAGCCUUUUGACUCUGUUACUGUAAGUUUCU